CCUAGAUUUCAUAAAUUUCCGAAAGAGCCCGUUUCCCUCCAUCCCCAAAUCCCAAUUAAUCUAGGGUUUUAAAUUUUAGUUUCAACAACACAUCAGGUCGCUAAACGUUUUCUCCGGCUUGUUCACCAAAGACCACACUUUUCUGCCCGUACCCUAAAAUGUAUGCAAAGCAUCCAUCUAAUUCUGCGUGAUUGCAGAACCAAUAAUCUGACCGGCGCAAAUGGCGUUUUCGUUCACUCCUCAGCCGCAGCAACAAACGUCACUAUUUCAAACUCCGCCCAGUCAACCGCAACCGUCACCGUUUUCGCAGGUCAAUCCCUUCUCGCAAACUCCACAGCCGCAAUUCAACUUUCAACCACAGCAACAACAGCAGCAGCAGCAACUGCAGCAGUUGUUCUUAUUCACCAACAGUAAGACGCCUGCCACUUAUGGUACCAAAUGGGCUGACCUUCAUCCAGACUCUCAAAAAGUCCUCCUAAAAAUCGAAGAGAAGAUAUUGGAAUACAGAGAUGAAAGUCAACGCCUUGACCAGUGCAGCCGGCUAUAUGAUUCUUCUGUGUCAAAUGAUGGGUUUGAGCUAGAUGCUAGUCACAGUAUUCAGGAACUUGGUGGAAUCAGUACUUCAAUGGAACGACAAAAAAUUAUAUUGCAAGAGCUAAUGAUUGUUGUUAAAGAUAUGCUACGCAAUACAGAGGUAGCUGUUCGUUCUUUCAUGAUGUUACGCCCAAGGUUUCUCCAUCAGAGUGCACCUGCCGCAAGUUCAGCAACUGGAUCACAGGCAUCUGGGGCAAUAGUAGCCGCACCCUCAAGUUCUCAAGCAGCAACUAUACCCAGUUUUCCUGUUUUUGAUUUUUACAGUGGGAUUCCAAAGAAGCCCUCUCCAUUCCUGCAGCAAACAGUAGCUAGAUUUGAGAAACAUCUUGCUGAAUGUCGACAGUGGGUUGAAGAACUGGAGCAGUUGAUCAUGUUAGAUUCUUCUAAUAGAAAUUCUUUCAAUUCCAAUGCAUCACUCUUGCAGUCACUUCCACAAGUCAUGUCAAAUGUGCAUGACUUUUUUGUUCAUGUUGCAGCAAAGGUAGAGAGCAUCCAUCAAUACAUCGAAUCUAUGAAAACGGCAUACCUUAUUGAUCAACGACGACGAGGAGAUGCUGGUGAUCCUUUUCUUGAAGCUGACCGACGGGAAACCGCCAAGCAAGAGGCUGCUGCUAGAAGGGUUCAUCCAACCUUACAUUUGCCCGCACCGCCAAAACCACCAACUCAUGUUACUGGGUUGCAGUCCAGCUCAGCCAUGCCCGGAUCAUCUACUGCACCACAAACAUCUGCUGUCAUUUCAAAUAAUUCGGCUGCAAGUGGGUCCUCACUUUUUAGUACCCCUGCAAUUGCCACCUCAUCAUCUUCUCUUUUUUCUACACCCACCACUUCUGCUCCGACAGCCUCAUUGUUCGGGUCUGGUGCUUCCCCACAGACAUCACUAUUUGGCCCUUCGUCCACCUCUACACCAGCAUUCUCUAAUCCUUUGUUUGGCUCAACCCCAUCUUCUGCAGUUACAAAUUUUUCAAACCCUUUUGCAUCAGGAGCUGCAGUAGGAUCAGGGUCAAGCUUUGGAACUUUAUCUGUGAGUGGACCUAUGGUUCUCAUCAUAGAUUUGAGUAUCUCUUUCCUGAUAGUAAAUACUCCCUCCUCCGUCCCGUUGGAAUGUUCCCGGUUUGAUCUACACACAUAUUAAGGAAAUAAACUUACCAGGCGAAAACAAGAGCUAAAAGUCGCACAGGAAGACGCUAAAUGAUAUAAGUGUGGAUGAUAAGUCCACCCUACAUUCGCUUCCAAUGUGAGCUGUUGCUAGUAAAUCUAUAUACUUCUGUCCAAGACUUCAGUGAUCUUCUUCACUGUUCAUUCCUUGGAUGUGCUGAACUUCUUGCAGGGGAUCUAACGUGCAGGCACAGAACCAUUUCCCAACUUCCUUUGUAUUUCUUUGGGCUUCACUACUCACAGAGUCACAGGUGCAUGUUUUUGUUUUAUAAGAUUCAAAUGUAAUAUUGUAAAAUUUAUUAGUUUCUGUUCAUUUUAGAUGACCAUUUGUACUGGUAUAUUUUUAUACAGCAUCAUUUUUUCAAUUUAGAGGUAUCGUAUGAUACAUUGAUACUUUGAUCUUUUGAGGACGUUUAGCUGCCAA